UUGCCCCAACCUUUCGUGUUUCUUGGAGAUGAGGCAUUUGGAUUACAAAAGCAUAUUUUGAGGCCUUUUCCUAAUAAAAGUUUAAAUAAGGAAGAGCGAAUUUACAAUUAUCGUCUUAAUCGAGCUAGGAGAUGCGUGGAAUGUGCAUUCGGCAUCCUAACAAGCAAAUGGAGAGUUCUGCAUACACCGAUCGCUACUAAUGUGAAUAUAACCAUCGCUAUCGUAAAAGCUGUUUGUAUUUUACAUAAUUUUGUCAUAGCUAGAGAACAAGCACAAUAUGCACAAAUUUCGCGACGUACCUCAAUAACUCUUACAAGUUCAAGGAGCCAAAUUAUUACUGUAUCAAAUUCUGGAAAAAUAACAAGAGAAAACUUUAAAAACUAUUUUCUUAACGAAGGAAAGCUACCCUGGCAAGAGAAAUAUUUGUAA